UGGAAAAUUCCGCUACACCAAGUGACAACAGUGAGACAAACGCAUCCACCUACAACAGAAAUAUUAGUGUCAGUAAAUACAAACAGUACAAAGUUCGCAACAACAUACUCAAUACCUUUAGUAUCGUCAGAAGCUGCAGUUGAGAUGAAGCUCAUCGGUUUUGUUGGAGUCUUCCUGUUGGAAAUCUGUUUGUUUGCAAAGACAAUAGGCGAACAAGAUGCUAACAUCUCAAAUAACAAUUUUCCUGUCAUAGUGAUUACUUGGGAUUACAAGGAAGCUACUGAAAAAGCAUGGGACGUAAUCCAUAAUCAGAAGAGAAGCGCUCUGGAUGCGAUAGAAGAGGGCUGUUCCUUGUGUGAAGAGCUACAAUGUAGGAAGACUGUAGGUUUCGGUGGUAGUCCAGAUGAGACUGGAGAAACUACGUUGGAUGCUUUGAUCAUGGAUGGAGUGGCAAUGGACGUGGGUGGAGUGGGAGGCUUGAGAGAUGUGAAGAGCGCUAUUUCAGUGGCUCGUAAAGUGUUGGAGAAUACCAAGCAUUCUUUGUUAGGCGGCAGUUUAGCUACAGACUUUGCCCUGCAAAUGGGAUUCAAGAAAGAAUCUUUAGAAACAGAUGAGUCCAAGAACAUGUGGCAGCAAUGGAAGGAGAAGAAGUGUCAACCCAAUUUCUGGAAGAACGUGCUGCCGGAUCCUACUACCAGCUGCGGACCGUAUCGUCCAAGCAGCAUGAAAAACAACAGCGAUAACGACUUGUUAAUCGGAAGCGAGGACAAUCACGAUACGAUCGGUAUGCUGGCAAUAGAUUCAGAGGGAUGUAUGGCAGCCGGUACUUCGACGAACGGCGCCAAGAACAAGAUACCCGGUCGUAUCGGGGACUCUCCUAUUGCGGGAGCUGGCGCUUACGCCGAUCAAGCGGCCGGCGCGGCAGCUGGCACCGGUGACGGGGAUAUUAUGAUGCGAUUUUUGCCAAGUUUCUUAGCCGUGGAAGAGAUGCGUUAUGGGGCAACGCCGACCGUGGCCGCUCGAGCGGCUAUUAACAGAAUUGCCCAGCAUUAUCCCACCUUCUUCGGUGGGGUAAUCGCGUUGAACACAAAGGGGGAAUACGGCGCAGCGUGUAACGGGAUGGCCAAGUUUCCUUAUUACGUCGCGACCCCAACCUCGGGACCGAAGUUGCUCUCAGUGGAGUGUAGCAACUACUCGCCGUACUGUACGCGCGACGUGAAUGGCAUAGAUUGUUGAUUUGUUUGACGGAUUCUUGUUUUGAGAGAAAAUCAAGUGGAACAUAUAUUAUCACUAAGUGUCCGGAACAACAUAAAUGCAUUGUAAAUGAUGAUAAUAUACAAAAUAUUCUUUUA